GAAGAGAGGAGGAGAGAAGAAAGCGAGCUGAGGGCUGUGAGACGAAGGAGAGGACGGGUCGGCUGAAGCGAGAGUGCGAGCUUUACCAGCUUUUUAUUUAUUUCCUCCGCAAUCCUCGACUCUUUCAUAAAGAAGCCUGCGAAGUGAAGGACUCUCAGGAUGGAGCGGAUGGAGUCAAUGGAGCCGAUCUCGGCAUACUACACCACUGCUUACCCAGAGAUCCAACCAGACAGUACUUACGGAUCCAGAGAGACAACCGAGAGCCAGGCAAUGACUCCACCACCUCCAACAUAUGACGAGGAGUUGGUGCACAAGACAAUCCUGGUUGGGGACAGUGGUGUGGGGAAGACAUCUCUGCUGGUGCAGUUUGAUCAGGGCAAGUUCAUCCCUGGCUCGUUCUCUGCCACAGUGGGCAUCGGAUUCACAAAUAAAGUGGUGACUGUGGAUAACGUAAAGGUCAAACUGCAGAUAUGGGACACAGCAGGACAGGAAAGGUUCAGAAGUGUGACACAUGCGUAUUACAGAGAUGCACACGCUUUGCUCCUGUUGUAUGACAUCACCAGCAAAUCAUCUUUUGACAACAUUAGAGCAUGGUUAACAGAGAUCCACGAGUAUGCACAGAGCAAUGUAGUCAUCAUGUUGCUGGGCAACAAGGCCGAUAUGAGCAGUGACCGAGCGAUCAGGAGAGAUGAAGGAGAGAGGCUGGCCAGAGAGUAUUCAGUUCCUUUCAUGGAGACAAGUGCCAAGACAGGGGUCAAUGUAGAUCUGGCCUUCACUGCUGUGGCCAAGGAGCUGAAGCAUCGGGCCAUCCAGCAUCCCAGUGAACCCAAGUUCCAGAUACAUGAAUAUAUUGAGGCACAGAAGGAGAAGUCAGGCUGCUGCAGCUACUUUUAAAACUUAUCUCCCUACUCCUCCUCCUCCCAUAGCUCUGGGCGAACAGACUGUCAGAGACACAUUACUGAGUGGGAGGAAGCCCUGUAUCACUGCUGCUCACAAAAUGUUACACUGCCAUUCAUUCAAGACUAAAAGCCAAACAUACAUCAGUGGAUUAAACGUGCUACAGACCCACACAAGUUUUCUUUAGCUGAAUACCUCCAACUCUUCAGACAUCAGUUUGCACUACUGAUGCUUUCUAAAGUAUAUUCAAGGAAAGAAUAGUUAUUUAUUUGAUAUGUAACAAAAUAUACCCUCCGGCAAUUUUCCUUUUCUUUAUUUUUAAAUUAAAUGAUCAAUAUUAGUCUCUUGUGUUUGUUUUGUUAAUGCAGUUGCAGUCAAGAGUUAGUCAAUCUGGAAGCAGGACCAAACAGCUAGCCUGACCCUGUCACAAACCACCUACAAUUCCAUAACGUGGUUUUUCUCAUUUGCUUGAGAAAAACCAUGAACCAUGCUAACAGACAAUGUAUCUUAGCCUGUUACCAUGAGAACUUUUACUAAUUUGGAUUAAACACAGUGCAACCAAUGCUAAAGGAGCCUUUCAUUUAGAGAAUAUUUGGUUAUAAAUCCAAUUAAAAACCUUUUAAUGACAUUUUACAUGCAUCUUCUAUUUUUUAAAUUGUAUUUAUUUAUUUAUUUAUGUAUUUUUGCAUAGCUUAGCACCAUACUAAAAACACAGAUAUAUAAUUGAUGUCAGUGUUAUGCCUCACUGUUAAUAAGUAAUUAUAAUAAAUUAUAAUUAUCUAUAUAAAAUUUAUUUUCCCUUGGUGAAGUUAUGUGAUUCAUUUUUCUUUUGAACAGUUAUUUUUGUUAAUAUUUUCUGUUGUUUCCUCACAUGUGGACAGUAAGGUGCUAGGCUGGUUAGCGCUUUUGCCUCACAACAACAAGGUUACUGGUUCAAGCUCUGGUUGGGAUCAUUCUCUGUAGAGUUUGCAUGUUCUCCUGUGCCUGUGAUGAUUUUUCUCAUGCAUAUUGGGUUAACUGGUAUUUCUAAACUAACUGCAGACCGUAUGUAAGGUAGUUAAACUACUAGGGGCAUGCAGAAUAAACAUUGGCAUGCAGAGCAAUGCAUCUGUGAACUGUAUCUCUGGGAGGAGGAUUGCUGUGAAGAGCAAACAUUUGAUACUAAGUACUUGAGUUGUUGUCUGUUAUUUAGGGGAGCGUUAUGUACAUACAGCAUGAGGUGAAUAUUUUGAUAUGGUGUUAUACUGUGCACCCUUGAGUCACCCUUGUAAUGGUUGC